UUCGUCACUUUUCUUUCUUCACAUUUUUCCUCUGAAUAUAGAUAAUUUCAUUCGUGGAAUUUUGCUAUCCCAAGGAAGCACAACGUCGCCAAUAAAAAUCUAUCAAAAUCCACUGAAAAUUUAAUUUUAUUUGAGAUUCGCUUUCUAGCAUCCCAAAUAUAAUGUAGUUCAGAAAACCGCCCCCAAAAAUAUUUUAUUUGAAAAAAAAAACAAAAAAUCUACCUACUUGAAAUUGUAUUUGAAAUAUUUCGUGUGUGUGACAACUUUUUACGCAAAAUCAUAAAAUUAACCCAAAAAUCCCGGGAAUGGACAUUUGCAUUGAACAACAACGACGACAAGACAAAUCAUCUUCAUUAAAUGAAGAUCAUUUGCUAAGCAUCGUUAAUGCAAAUCAAACAAUCAUCCUAACGGAUAAAUGCAGCGCCAAUUCGACGGCGCUCCAUCUUAAUGUGAAGCAACCUAACUUCACAUAUCCUCUCUUGGAGAACGUCCAUUUUGCUCUCCAACCCCCGACCAAAAAUGGCCGCACUUUUCUAACUCGUGGCAAGUUCAAAUACUUCCACUACAAUUGUGACGGUCACAAUGACAUUGGCUGGGGUUGUGCCUAUCGCACGUUGCAGUCCGUCUGCUCGUGGAUAGAGGACAAACUAAUGGACGGCCGUGAGUCGGUGGUUCCGUCCAUUCUCGAGAUCCAGCAGUUGCUGGUCGACAUUGGCGAUAAACCGUUUGAGUUCUUCGGGUCUCGAGAAUGGAUUGGCGCCAUGGAGGUGUUCUAUGUCAUCGAUGGGUUGUAUGACAUUCCGUGCAAGAUAAUGCACGUGCCUCAGAGGGAGGAUCUGAAAAAGUACGCGAAUAUUUUGAAGCAAUACUUCGAGGAGGGUGGUGGCGUGGUGAUGAUGGGUGGCGAUGAGGAUACUUCUUCGAAGGGCAUUGCUGGACUGCAUAUAAGUGGGAAUCAAGCUUAUUUUCUUGUUAUUGAUCCUCAUUUUGUUGGCAGACCAAAGUCCGCUGAAGAAUUAAUCCAAUGCGGCUACAUCCGUUGGCAACACUCUUCGGAGUUUGUUGAUAGCUCAUUCUACAAUCUGUGUCUUCCACAAAUCUAAUCUAGUUAAUAACUUCUUCUGAGUACCUUUAAAUUGAACAUUUUUACUAUUGCCAAUAUUUU